CCACUGUAUUAUUUUGUGAUCUAUAUGGGUGUGAUGGUUCCCUGGGGGCGGGGCUGUGAUACUGUAUCACGCCAUUGCCAUCAUUUGUACAUCACACAGCUUCAAUUGGCGACCGAUGCCCGGAAACGCUACCGAGCGAACCUUGAGGCCCAUAAACGUGUGGGUACACGUCAGCCGCCAUAUUGUCUUCUCUGACUCAUCUGUACACACAGGUUGGUACCAGACGAGAGGCCGCGCCCGCACGGUGAUACGUGGGAUUAUUAUUACGAUCUAGACAAGUCACCUGACAGAUGACAUCACCACCACACAGUCAUCGGAGCGCAGUGACAUCACAGGGCAGCCCAUCACCAUUGUCCCUUCAGCGGACGUCCUCGCCCUGAGGCCGCCUGAGGCUAAGGCCUAUAGAGAAUGGGUGAUGUCACAACCAGCUGUGAUGAUGUCACAAUGACCCUCACUCCCCAGGCAGAGCACAUAGGACUACAGACAGGGGAAGGAACACCACAAACAAGCUCCUCCUCCUCGCGAAUCACAUGACAGGACAAUGAAAAGGAAGGCCGACUGCUUGUCUGGACAGGAGAAAAGAUCAUCCCUGGACCUGACACCAACUACUGCGAGAAGAAAGGUCACUGUCCAAGAUCUACCCCCAGAGCUGGUGGAACACAUUAUCUCUUUCCUAUCAGUCCGGGAUGUGGUGUCCCUAGGAGAGACUUGUCACUACCUGCACCAGAUGUGCAACAGCCGGAAGACCUGGAGGAGCCUGUGUCUGAGGAGUCAACCCGAAAUGAGAGAGUCCGAAGACUGGAAGAGAGCGACCAUCCUGAACUACACGAAGGGGAUGUUCCUCCACCAAUUUGCCAGACGCCAGCAGGUGGGCAAAGCUGUGCCCCCUACCAGCCCCAAUGGUUUCCAGCGCUUUUUAGCUAUGGCGGACAACCUGUGUGUCCUGGACUAUACGGGGACCCUCUUCUACCUCCAAGGUAGCAUCAAGAAUCCCAGCUUCACCUUCAACAAUGGUGAAUGGAGAACAUAUCUACACUACCUGCCGCUGUGCCGGGACGUCAGGGAUUUCACUAGUGACCCGAGAAACGACGUCACCCACCGUAUCCAUCUCUAUGUCCUCACCUCCCGAGAGGUUAGAGACGCCAACCAAGACCAAGGGCAGCGUGACUGCGUGGAGAUCUACCGUCUCUUCAGUGGACGUAGACUCUUCAGGAUGUCCUUCCACCUCUCCGUGAGGAUCAAGAAGAUCGUCCUACUUGGGGGGAUGAUGGACAGGCAACUCAUUCUGCUCACAGAGGAUGGGAAGGUUUACAGUGUCAACGUCAAUGAAAUGUCUCUGGACCGUCCAAGAUCCUACAUCACCCAAAUGACCCUGAGGAGAAUGUCCACCAGCCAUCCCGACACCACCAUCACACAGGUGUACAGCAACCAGAGCAGCAUCAUGUACAUCACAGACGAUGGCACUGUAUACCUCGAGGUUCAUUCUUCUGCCAUCUUCAGGGAUUUGUUUGGGACCCUUCAAGGCUACGACUCUCAGGAUACACAGACGCCCCUGGCAGUAUCUAUGCCCAGCAAGGUGGUGUUCUGCUCUCUAGGGUACAAUCACCUGGCGCUCGCAGAUGAAUUUGGGAGAAUAUUUAUGCAAGGAAACAACAGCUUCGGACAACUGGGCACAAGGGACAAGAUUAACAGAGGAGUCCCCUGCCAGAUUCAGUGUUUAAGGAACCCGAUUGAUGUAUUUUGUGGCCUCAACCACACAUUAGUCCUGAUAUGCUCCAUGGAUUCUGUGAAGGAGAUUCAUGGCUGCGGAUGUGGUGCUGGGGGAAGACUGCCUGGAUGGCCUCAAGGAUCCCCCUCAUUUGUCAAGCUGCUUGUGGAGGUUCCGGUGUGUGCCCGCCGUAUCGCUUCUACGCGGGACUGCCUGUAUAUCAUGUCCAGUUAUGACCCUGCAGAGAACAGCGGAUAUAGUCAGCUCCCCGAGGGCGGCCACAGGGAGGAGGACGGGGCGGCUCAGGCCUGUGAACAGUGUAUGAACCAGCUGCCGCGCUGCACCAGUGUACAGGAGCGGGUGGCCAUGACCAAGGACCUCAUCCCCCACUUACCCCUGCAGGGGUAUCAGAAGGACUGCCUGUGGGAGGCGCUUGGCAUGAUUCAGCGGGCGGCUGAGAGGGGGGUACCGGCGAGGACUAACAAUACUGGCGCAACUAUGGGGGGAAAAUAAAAUUAUCUGAUAAAAUAAGAAGUCUAUAGUGAGAU